GUGUAAGUAGAGUGGUGGUGGUGGUCGUGUGUGUAUGUGCCAGUAGAAGAUGGCGAGGCAGCUAUUACACUUAACCCGGGGGACCUUGAAUGGGAUGCUGCGGCUCCUGCUUUUGGUGCUCUUCCCUGGGACGCCACGACACGACUACGACGCCUCCGACGACCUCUUACUCCAGUACGACUUCAUCGUCGUUGGGUCAGGGUCGGCGGGAGGCGUGUUGGCGUCGCGUCUGUCCGAGGUGGCGGAGUGGCGGGUGUUGCUGCUGGAGGCUGGAGGACCACCGCCCCCUGAGAGUGUCGUUCCGGCAUUCAGCAUCAACCUCGAUCGCAGCGACGUUGACUGGAACUACAGAACAGUACCGCAAUCUUUUGGACUGAGAGGCUACAACGAUAACAAGAGCCCUACCCCUUUGGGUCGUGUCCUGGGCGGCGGCUCUUCCAUAAACUGGCUACUGUACGUCCGUGGCAACAGGCGGGAUUUCGACAACUGGGAGGCGAUGGGCAACCCUGGCUGGCGGUACAAGGACGCCCUCAAGUACUUCAAGAAGGCGGAGGACUACAGAGGAACCCAUAAUGCUGAUACAGCUGUGUACCACGGUCGAGGCGGACCUCUGACGGUGGAAGAGCAGAGCUACAGCGAGCCCGUAUCCAGAGGGAUCCUGAAAGCGGGUCAGCAGCUGGGCUACAACCUCAUCGACUACAACGGACCAGAACAGAUUGGUUUCAGUUCACUACAGUUCACCACUCAAAAUGGCCGACGGGCUUCCACAGCUGAAGUCUACAUCAAGCCCGCCUCUACACGACCCAACCUACACGUCGCCUUCAACGCCUACGUCACUAAGAUUCUGUUUGAUGAGCAUAAGCGAGCACUGGGAGUUCGCUUUGAGCAACGUGGGAAGGUGAGGACGGCGUUGGCACGGAGGGAGGUGGUGCUGUCAGCGGGCGCCGUCGGGUCUCCCAAGUUACUGAUGUUGUCUGGUGUCGGCCCCUCACAACACCUGCAGGAGCACCACAUCCCCGUGGUGGCGGACGUGGCCGGGGUGGGCGAGAACUUCCACGACCACCCUGGGGUCUAUGGCCUCACCUGGAUUGUCAACAAGAACUCCGCCGGGAAUAUACUGUCUCUCGUGGCCCCCAGCUCCAUAAAAAACUACCUUACGAACGGCCAGGGUCCACUCUCUGUCCCCCUUGGCUUUGAGGCUGUUGCCUGGCUCCCGUCGAAAGAGGGCGACCCUUUAUGGCCACAGAUACAGUUCCUCUUCUCAUCAUUGCCAAGCGUCUUCGACCUGGGACUCACCCUUACUACUGCCGUUAACCUCAGGAAAGAUCUUGUAGCACAGUACUUCGGUCCGGUGCAGCUGAAGAAAGUGUACCAUGCUUACCCCAGCCUGACCCGGCCCAAGAGUCGAGGAACGGUGAGGCUCAGGUCAGGUCACCCUCGGGAUGCCCCUCUCAUUGACCCCAACUACCUCAGCCAUCCUGAUGACGUCAAGACAUUGAUUAAAGCUAUCAGGUUCGCUUUGGCACUGGGCAAUACAUCGGCCCUGAGGGAGGAACACGGCGCCAGGUUCCACGACAAGGUGUUGCCGGGGUGUGAGGGGCUGAAGGAGGGGUCAGACAGUUACUGGGAGUGUUACCUGCGUCACAUGGUCAGCUCCGCCAUACACUUCGCCGGCUCCUGCAAGAUGGGUCCCGUCAACGAUUAUUACAGCGUCGUCGACCACAACCUCAAGGUGCGGGGCGUGGCAGGACUGAGGGUGAUCGACGCCUCCAUCAUGCCGCUGGUGGUAUCUGGCAACACCAACGCUGCAGUUAUCAUGAUCGGUGAGAAGGGCGCCGACCUCAUCAAGCAGGAUUGGGGCGCCACUGUUGACCCUCUGUGAAGGAUAUACGUGUAGGGACCUCAUCAAGCAGGUGUGGGUCGCCCAGGCUCCAGGUGACCUACUGCGAUAAACACCUGAACAAACCUCUCCAACUGUGGCUGGAUCAUUAAUUUUCAGUCGUGCCAAAUCAUAUAGGUUAUAAGAGGCUGUCUGCCGUCACAGGAGAACAAAGAUCAAGUGCUCGGUGAUGUCAAGGAGAUAAGAUACAAGGAGCGGCUGCUGCUCAGGAAUAGUGAGAAGAGGAGGAUAAAAAAAAAAGUCCAUCACCAACCAAAGGAUCUCCCGAGUCAAAGAGGCUCACAUGAUCGACAUGGAGUGAGAUGGUACGACAGCGAGGAGCAUCGGGGUUAAACACAGCGGGUCUAGUAAUAAAACAAUAUGUUGAAAUGUGCCAAUAUAGUCGAGUGAUUAACUGCUGUACUGGAAGGAAGCGACCCCAACACUACACUCGGUGAAGAUUCUCGAGGGCGCUAGUGGGAUGUACUGCCACAGUCUCUCAACGCUAAUAGGAUUUUUUUUUCACCUCAGCAGGCCUUAACUUGGUGUCACGUCCUUCCUUUCAAUAGUAAUGAUGAAGAGAAACGGUGAAGUGUUUGAAAAAUUACCUUCCUAGCAGGGCUUAGCAAAUAUAAAAUUAAUGAAACACUGAAAUCCUUGAAGGAUUACCAUACGCAUUUUGUACACUUCCACCUUCCAGAUGACCUCGUUGUCAUUCUUGUAAUCACAGUCACGAACAUUCAGGAACGUAGUUGGAGAAAAUGAAGUUAAAUUUUAAGUAUUUUAUUUUUGGUCGACAAUAAUUAUAGUUCUCACUGGAAUCUUUGGGAAAUAAAGUAAUUAUAAGUGUAAUAUAACAACAUUUUAUAGAUAAUUGUAAUUAUGACUGAAUCUUGGGAGCAGUAAUUGUAUUUGUAAUUUGAUUUAUCCUAAAAAAAAAGUAAUUGACCCCGAACCUGACCCAGCAUAACGCGAGAGGUUCCUUAUGUACUGGAUAACAAAAAUGAUGUUUAUACUGAGGCCGCCAAAUAUUACUGUAAUUGAACAAAUUCCUUUUCCUGUGUAUAUAAUUUAUUUACUUACCAUUACAUUCAUUAAUUUCAUUGGAGUAGAUAGUAACUAAUUUUUAUUAUUUUUGCAUAGAACCUACCUCUGUUGUUAUCUUCUCUUUGUUCAUGAUUACUCUGAUGUCUUGUUAACAUGUCACCGUCCUCUGUAUGUAACUGUACACAUAUAUAGUAAUGACAAAUAUCUA